UAGCUGCUAUGCUGCAAGGCAGGCAGGCAAAGCAGCUGCAGAGACCGGGGAACGCUGACAACAACGGAUAGGCUCAUGUUAGAAAAGUCAGAAACGCAUAAUUUGCCUAUUUUGUGAUUUGAUGUCCAAAGAUUUUCACUUGUAACCUUUUCGCUUAUCACAUUUUCCUUAUUUUUACGCAUGCGUGGGAAUAUAUUUUUCGUUCUCUCGACCUGAAAUGACUGCUAGUCGCCGUGUCUAGCCAAUGGUUACUGCGGGGGCUCCUGUCUUGUGGAUUAUCCGUCGUCGCCGAGCCAGUCGCAUGGUCGAGCCCGGAGGAGGCCCUGCUCUGCUGGAUGGAUGUGUGUGAAGCAGCGCCGGACUCCCAAGUACUGAUGAAGACAAUGAUAAUGAUGAUGCUCGGGUUUCAUCGGCAGCGGGUAAACUGAUCUUGGAUGUUUGGGCUAUAUCGGCCCUACACAAAACAUUUUCUCAUACGGCAAACAUUAUAUUCCUUAAAAACUGGACGCCCCUGGAGCAGUUUAUGACGACCCUGGUAGGAGCGUGAUGAGCGCGCGCUUCCACUUGCCUGCUGGCAGAUCCUACAAUGUCCGGGCGACGGAGGUGGAGCGAGACAGACAGCACACACAGGUUGUGUGCAGCGUACUGCUGCUGGACAACACUGUCCAGACGUUCAAAGUCUGCAAGUCGGAUCAUGGCCAGGUGUUGCUGGAUGCUGUCUUUAAGCACCUGGAGCUGACUGAGAGAGACUACUUUGGCCUGCACUUGGCUGAUGACUCCUUAGAUGCGCCACGCUGGCUCGAUCCCAACAAGCCCGUCAGGAAACAGUUAAGAAGAGGGUCUCCCCAUAACUUGAGCUUCAGAGUCAAAUUCUUUGUGACAGACCCCAGUAAACUUCAGGAAGAAUACACACGGUACCAAUAUUAUCUUCAGAUCAAGCAGGAUAUUGUAACUGGAAGAUUACCCUGUCCACACAACACAGCCGCACUGCUGGCGUCCUAUUCUGUUCAAUCUGAGCUGGGGGACUACAGUGAAACGGAGCAUACAGCAGGCUAUCUGUCGGAAUUCUGCUUCAUGCCCAAUCCUCCGCAAGACUUCCACAAAGAGGUCGCCAAACAUCACCAGCAGCACAGUGGUCUAUCUCCUGCCCAGUCAGAGUUUAAUUAUCUGAACACAGCACGCACGCUGGAGCUCUACGGGGUAGAGCUGCACUAUGCAAGGGACCAGAGCAACACAGAGAUUUUUCUUGGAGUGAUGUCUGCCGGCAUUGUGAUUUACAAGAACAGGGUACGGAUCAACUAUUUCCCAUGGUUAAAAAUAGUGAAAAUCUCCUUCAAGUGCAAACAGUUCUUCGUGCAGCUAAGAAGAGAGGCGUCUGAGACCCGGGAAACGCUGCUGGGUUUCAACAUGGUGAACUAUCGGGCCUGUAAAAACUUGUGGAAGGCCUGUGUGGAGCACCACACCUUCUUCAGGCUGGAUCGGCCCAUCCCACCACAGAAGAACUUCUUUGCUCACUACUUCACCCUGGGCUCAAAGUUCAGAUAUUGCGGACGGACAGAGGUGCAGUCUGUGCAGUAUGGAAAGGAGAAAGGCAUCAAGGACAGAGUGUUUGCCAGAUCUCCCAGCAAGCCAUUGGCCAGGAAGUUGGUGGGCGGAACUGACUGGGAGUCGGUCAGCAGGAAUAGCCUAUCAGAUGAGAGACUGGAGACCCAAAGCCUCCCCACUCGCUCGCCGCCAGGGACGCCCAAUCAGAACUCAAUGUUUGUACAAGAGGGCACACGACUACGCCCGUCGUCCGUUGGCCACCUGGUUGAUCAUGUGAUCCACGCUUCACCCAGCCUGCCUGUCUUCUCUUCCUCCAAUCACAAGUCAGCGUCGUCUACGCAGGCCAACAGCAUCAGCUUGGACUCCACACCGUCUCCAGAGGGGCUAGAUGGCCAACCUCCAGCUCUGCCCCCCAAACAGCUGAGCAGGAAGACCUUAAGCCAGAUCAUCCAGGCCCACUCCCAGCAGAGCCUCCUGGACAACCACCUUAACGAGAUGUACGAUGUUCCAGUCAAUGCUGAUAAGACCACGUUAAAUGGAGUUGUCCCUCAUGAUAAUCUGGUCCUGAUCAAGAUGAGACCUGACGAACACGGACGUUUUGGCUUCAAUGUCAAGGGUGGAGCUGACCAGAAGAUGCCCAUCAUUGUGUCUCGAGUGGCUCCGGGAACAUCAGCUGACCUGUGUGUGCCUCGCCUUAACGAGGGCGACCAGGUGGUCUUAAUUAAUGGACGGGACAUCUCUGACCACACCCAUGACCAGGUGGUCAUGUUCAUCAAAGCCAGCUGUGAGAGCCAUUCUGGAGAGCUCAUUCUAUUGGUUAGACCAAACGCCAUCUAUGACGUGGUGGAGGAGAAGGCAGACUCGGAGCCAGAUUUUCAGUAUAUUCCUGAGAAGUCCCCUCAGGACCCCACCCAGCUAGACCAGCAUGCUUUGAGGGACUCCAUGGUCACACUGAAGGAAGGCCUGAGUAGUGGAGCCAUACUGGCACAGUUUGAUCAACUGUACAGGAAGAGGCCGGGGAUGACCAUGCUGUGUGCCAAAUUACCUCAGAACGUUUCCAAAAAUCGCUACAGAGACAUCUCUCCAUAUGAUGCCACGCGGGUCAUUCUGAAGAGCACAGAUGACUACAUCAAUGCAAAUUACAUCAAUAUGGAGAUUCCAGCCUCGAGUCUUAUAAACCGCUACAUAGCAUGCCAGGGCCCCUUGCCCAACACCUGCCCCGACUUCUGGCAAAUGACAUGGGAGCAGGGCUCAUCUAUGGUGGUCAUGCUGACGACACAGGUCGAGAGAGGACGGGUGAAGUGUCACCAGUACUGGCCCAAUCCAGACAGCACCACCACCUACGGAGACUUUACAGUAAUGUGCCACAAUGAAGAGGGCAACUCUGCCUUCCUGGUCCGGGAGAUGACUCUCAUGCACAUACCGAGUGAGCAGCAGAGAGAGCUUACCCAGAUUCAGUACCUGGCUUGGCCAGAUCACGGCGUUCCCGAUGACUCCACCGACUUCCUGGACUUUGUGGCUCUGGUACGGACCAAACGGGCUGGACAGGACCAGCCAAUGGUGGUACACUGCAGUGCGGGGAUUGGUCGGACAGGGGUACUGAUCACCAUGGAGACGGCAUUGUGUCUAAUGGAGUGUGGUCAGCCGGUGUAUCCUCUAGAUAUCGUCAGGACCAUGAGAGACCAGAGGGCCAUGAUGAUACAAACGCCUAGCCAGUACCGCUUUGUAUGUGAGGCCAUCCUGAAAGUCUACGAGGAGGGCCUGGUCAAACCGUUCAAGACCGUCGUCUACCAGCUGAGAGAAAAGGUAGACGACGAGAGGGAGGAGGAGAGGAGAGAGCAGCAGAAGGCAGGAGACGGAGCAGAGACGGCAGCAACGGAGGAGGGGGAGGCGGCUGUGGUGGAGUUGCUGGAAGGAGGUCUGGAUGAAGAGGACGAUGACGACGAAGAGGUGGAGGUGCUGGAUGUGGGGGAAGUGACGGGGGAGGAGGAGGAUGAAGAGGACGAGGAAGCGGAGGACCCAAGCGUUGCAAGCAUCGCAAGCGCUGCCAGCGCUAACAGCGCUACCAGCGUAAUGAGCGAGACCAGUGUGAACCCUGACCCUGACCCUGGCCCUGAUCCUGAUCUUGCGAACCCGUGACUUUGACCAUUGGCAGUCAUCAGGGGUUACCAUGAGGAGGCCAGGCGGCCUGGAGGAGAGAACAAAAGCACUGUUGCACUUUAUGCUGACAAAACUGGGGGGAAAAAGACACACAAACGAACAAACAAACUAACGCGAAAGUCAUGGACAAGCUAGAAUAAAAAAAGAAACCCAGCUGUGUUAAAUAGGUACCAUUAGGGGAUAUCGUAUGUUCAGGGUAAAGAAAAAAGUCUACAAAGAAUGACGAGAUAAAAGUACGAGAGAAUAAAAUGUGGAUGGGGAAUUGCUGUAGUGCCAUAAGUACGAAGGGGAAGGGCUGCCCCCCAUGGAUGGAAAGUUUGUUUUUUUUUCGCAAAGGGUUGCCCUGUCCCCUUCGGAGCGAGUCUGCCAGAAGGACCUGCCUUUUUUUAGUGUUAUUUUAGCUGAUAAAGAGAUAUACCUUAUCCUUUUUUUUUUUUUUUUUUUUUUUUCCUCAGAAAGAGUAUUUAUUGUGUUUUUAGUUUGUGUCAAACCCUGUCCACUGAACAAAAACAAAAACCCAGUGUAUGUUUGUUUGUAUGAAUCCAGAGCUUCAUGCUUUCCUGAUUAAAUCUUAGUAGUCAAGUAGUGCGAUUCCUCCUCUUCUAACUACUUCUUUAUUUCUUUUGCUUUAAAAAAAAAAAAAAAAAAAAAAAAAAAAAAACUGAUUUAAUUUAUUGUACUUGGUUUUAAUCUUUCUCUGCUUUCUCGUCUAAGUUCCUGACAGCACACACUGACAGAUCGAUGGACAGCUGAAAGCACUUUGUGUCUCACCUCUUGUUAAAUGCUGUGGCGAGUUGUAUUCUUGAUCCUGCUUUGUGCUGUGUUUUUUGAGCUUACAGACAGACACACGUGCGCUCUGAAGCGGCCGUCGUUUGGCGUGGUGAAGAACAUAACUGGUUUACAAUCCUCAGGGCCGGUGUUUACUGGGCACCUCUCUUUCCCUUCUGUCACAGCGUCUACUGCUACUCUACGACUUACAGACCUCCCACUGAAAGACGCAAUGAUGGAAAAUGUUACCUUUCAGCAUCAAUUGAUUAUUCAGAAGAAAGUCAAGCCGCAUUGCAUAAUGCUCAACAGCACAUUCAUUCAGCAAGAAAAUGAAGACCGUGUCGUGAAGAGAGGCCCCAGUAAACACUGCCUCACAGAGUCACGAAUCUUAAGCUGUUAGCCGUCGCGGCUGGUAAAGCUAAGGAACUAGGCUGAGGUCAGUCCAUUUCUUUCAUCAAAUUCACAUGCUAGUCCAAUUUGAUAUUUCACUUAAACCCUGGGUCCCUGCUGAUGUGUCCUUGAGCCAGACACUGACAACAAAUCCCCACCGAAUAUGAAGCUGUGUGGCUUCACUCGGAUUGGUUUCCCCUUUCAGGCACAUGUCGAUCCACCUUGUUGUAACCCAAAUGUGUCUUGCUUCAGGUCAGUAUGUUGAAACCUGAGAAGCAAAUAGUGGUCAUAGUAGUACCCAAAACAAUCUGGCACCAGUAUCAUUCAUUUGUUCUCAAGUGGUUGAAAGCUGCUAGAAUUUUUUUUAUGCAAUCAGUAUUUGAUUUUGCUUUUUAGAAUUGCUUGGCGAAUUGACAGUGAACUGAUCUCAAUCUCCGUGUGAAUGGUAAAAACAUGACUUUAAAGACUCCCUCCACUGACCUCCCCACAUUCUUUUUUUACAUACAUUGGGUUGAAUCCCGUAAACAGGAGUGAACCUGAGACUGGUAGGUCAUCGCUUUGUGUGAGCCGUCAUAUGACCCAGCAUUAAACUCCAUAAGUUAUUUGAUUUUCCAAGGACAUUUUUUUUAUUGAAUACUUUUUUUUUUUUUUUUUCUUCCAGUGAGGUACAGAGGUCACUGGAGCGGGGCUUUAAACCAACCUUUGCUGUUGAAUGUUUUUUUUCUACAUCUGUCUGCUUGUCUGCCAGAGAACAUUUGACAGUUCAAAGAAGCAGCACAAACGGAACAGUCAACCAAUACUUCUCCUUUUUUUUUAUUGAUCUUUCCCAAUGGUACUUCAUUUUAAGGCACAUGUGUUUUAAGCCAAGAUGUGUUAAUGAGUGAUAGGAGACUAAAAGUGAUGACUUGUAACUUUUAAUUCACAGAAACCCAGCAUCAAGUUGCCUGUUGAGUCUUUUUUUUUGUUGUUGUCAAAGUACAGGUUAAGCUGCCAUUGUACUUUACGUAGCGGUAUGGAAUGAAGUGUAGCCUCUUCAUAAUUUCCGAUAUUUGUCAUAUCGGAUGCUUCAGUAUCUGCUGUCAUUGGAUUCUGCUGGAAGAAAACACUGCUGUGAGUGUGUGUGUGUGUGUGUGAGUGUGAGAGUGUGUGUGUGUGUACUCAUAUUUCUGUCUUUAUCUCUCUCUUUCUCUCCCUCCUCCAUCUCUAACAUAUAGUCUGUUAGCUGUCUGGUGAAGCCUGCUUGUCCAUUAACUGGAAUGAAGGGUUGUGCCAUAAAGCCACAAACCGAAUCUAACCUGAUCUCAAGUUCUUCUGAAGAAACUCAGAUAGAGCCUACUUGGAGAGUGAUUUUUUUUUUUUUUUUUUUUUUGUAGUCUGUCCUAAGAACCAGGCUGAAUCUUUGCCUGUGAAACAUUCAUUGAAACCAUGCUCGUACCUCCCUUUCCAACAGGUCAAUCAUACUUUUGCCUCACGGAGAGGUAGGAUUAAGAAGAGCCUAGCUUUCCUCUUCUCUCUAAGUUUAAAUCUCCUAUAUCGCGGCCCUCUCCCAAAAUCGGCCUAACGCCUGGUUCUGUCGCAGCAUAAGUCAUCUUAGCAGAGCCCACGCAACAUCAACAGUCCAUUCUUUUCAUUGUUCUUCCUCACUUUUGGAUCAUUAUACACGGAUCUCUCUCUCUCUCUCUCUCUCUCUCUCUCUCUCUCUCUCUCUCUCUCUCUCUCUCUCUCUCUCUCUCUCUCUCUCUCUCUCUCUCUCUCUGUAUGGCCUCAAGGCAAAUGACACAUCUGAGCAGAAUAUCAUGGGCACAGUAGUGCAGUAUCAAGCUUGUUUUCCAUAGGACAAACUGAGGGUAGCCAGUGAAUGACUGAAUAACUGGUGUAAACGUGUUUUAUUGGCAGCCCCUACAUGUAUGAGCUCAUAAGCAAAAGAACAACCAUUGAGCACCCAGUGGCUUCUUAUCAUCGGUUUUUGGAUUCAGCAAAAUUGCCACCAAAUCAAAUUGAAUCAACGCUGAAGGCCUCGCGAUAAAGUGGCACCAAUAAACAAGUUCAAAAAACCUUGACAACUUCAACAAGAAAAUAAGCAUUGGGUCCCGCAGUGAAAAGUUAAUAAUUGAUCAAUCAGGGCUGUCAGACAAAAUGUCCAGAAUGAGCUGUCUAUGUUCAAAGUGUUUUGUUGUUGACACAUAAUUCGUAAUGUCUGUGUGCGUUUAGGGUACUGAUCAAAGGUAGUUUGGAGGGGACCAGACAUGGGGAGGGCCCUUGUUAGUAGAAUUUAGUUGUAAAGAUGAAAACGGCUUUAGUUGGGUAGGGAAAGGACAGCACUUUGUAGAAGGCUGAGUGGAAGGUAGUGCUAAUGAGAGAGAAGAAAAAGAAAAAAAAAAAAGAGUUGGAGACAUAAAGCAUUGUUAAAAUGAGUUGUUCUUUUUGUUUUAAUUUGUCAUUUUUAUUUUGUUUAAAAAGAAGACCUGUAGGGAACAAGAAAAAGAGAGAACUCCUAACUACACAGUGCCACUUGUUAAUUUUGUGUAAAUAAUACUAGACCAUGUAAAUACAAUGUUGUAUAUGAAAAAAAAAUCUUUAAAAUAAAAGGGAAAAUCAUUUGUGAGCAGAAAGAUUUUGUUUUUCUUUGAUUUUUGAUUGUUCUUUUCCUUUUUAGACCAUUCAAAUGUGACACAAAUGGUGUGUAUUUCAAGACUGCUAUUUCAAAAAAAAAAAGUUGUUUUAUUUGAGACGUAAUCUAUAACGGCGAGUGUAUAUAUAAUGAAACCCCAAAUAAUGAGAAAUGUUUUACCGUAUUAUACCCUUGGUUACCUUCUUACCUGUGUCAUAAAAUCCUUUGUCCUCAGUUGCUUGUUUCUUUCUGGUAUCAUGGUUUUACAGUGCUUUGUCUAUAAGCUUGAUUGUGAACAAUUAAAGCUUGUCUGUCAAA